UGAUUUGGGCAAACCGCCUGUUAUCGUCAGUUAGCGACAGCUCGGUAGUUCUAACCCGUUCAGCUUCGCUGCGAUCAAAACCGAACAUUUACCACAGUUACCCAACAGAGACCACCUUGGGUAUAUGUGUAUGGGCCAGAACAGAGCAGAGAACCUCCUGGUUUAUUGUUGUUUGUUUGUUUUUUUUACCUUCGUCUGCUUAUCGGUGCUGCUAACGGCUAACAGCUAGCCCACUAGCAGCUAGCCUGCUAACGUCUUUAGCUUCGGCUGCAGAGGAAACAGGAAGGAGGCGGUGGACCUGCAGGCUCUUGGGCCCGAACCUUCAGCGGCUCUUCAGAGCAUUUUUCCGGAUCAACCGAACUUGUAAAUCCGCAUAAGGAGAAAGGUAAGAAAUCCUGAUCUGGUCUGACUGCAGACAUGUCAAAGGCUCUGGAUUCUCCAUCCCGACCCAGAUCCAGGUCAAGGUCUAGAUCUAGAUCCUACUCCAGAUCCAGAUCUCGAAGCCACUCUCGCUCCAGAUCCAGGAAACGCCACUACAGUUCCAGGUCUCGCUCCCGCUCCCAAUCCCCGGGCUACAGAAACUAUCCUUCCCGGGACUAUCAGAGCAACAACAGAGGGUUCAGAGGUUACAACCGAGGCUACCGCAGGCCGUACCACUACCGAGGCCGGAGCCGGGGCUACUAUCCCAGAGGCCAUUACCAGAACCGAGGAAGAGGAGGAGGGGGCUACGGCUACAAGUCGAACUGGCAGGGUGGGGGAGGAGGCUGGCAUGACCGCCAGGACCAUCAUAGUCCCAGGAGGGGGUAUUCGCGCUCCCGCACGCCUAGGAAGCGCUCAGGAAGCCGGAGCCGGUCCCGCUACUCCGACCGCUCGUCUUCUGGACAAUCUCGACACUCCCGGCACUCCAGCUACUCCUCCCGCUCCGGUUCCCGUUCUUCAUCUCGACAUCGCGACAGCAAAGGUCGGCCAAAGUCCAAGGAUGCUAAAGACAAGCAGCCAGAGAGUCAAACUGAGAAAUCAGUCCCACCUGCAGAUGGCAGCGUUAUUGCCAAGACCUCUGGCGGGAAGUGGAUCGACUAUGAUGGUAGCCCCAAACGACGAGGUGUGGAUUCUAAGAAGGAAGACCCACCUGAUUCUGAGAGCAAAGGGCCCGGGAGUGGCGGUCCUUUGUGGAAAAGUAUUGGUUCUGUGUCCCCUCCAGCAAAGAGCCCCUCAAAGUCCGCACAGACGGCCUCAUUCGGCGGCUUCGGAUUCUUCUCAAAGGAAGACGCCAAAGCUGGAGAUAGCACUGGGAUCUCAGCUGCUUUUAAAAAAUUCAUGGCUGAGAACAAACACAAAAAACAAGCAGCUGAGAAGGAGAAGAGUCGUGAAAAAGAACAAGAUUCUGCAGAACGAGAACCAGAGAAAAGCUCCAAAUCCUCAGAUGUCUUCAACAUCUCAGCUUCUUCAUACGCCGAGUCUAAAGACAACAAGGUUAUGCCCUUCUUUGAUCCGGGAGAGGAGGAGUUCCUCGAAUCCCAGGGCCUGAAAGACAGGAUUAUCAACGAGGAUGUGGAGGUGAAACCGGUCCUCACAGCGCGGGACGUUUUUGGGAAGUGGGGCGACGAGCCGAGCUACCCCACAUCGUAUCAGUCUGUCAAAGAGAGAGGCCGGAGAGAGGCAGAAGAAGAAGAAGCUGUAGACGAUGUGGAGGAAGAGCUGUACCGGAGCCGCAAACACGCGUCCAAGAAAGAGGAGAAGUCUAAGAAGAAGGAGAAGAAAGAGAAGGAGAAGGCCAAGAGGAGUCUGACCCCUCCGACAACAUCCAAGGAAAAAGAGCGACCGCUGUUUCCUGGAGCGUUUUCUGCUCUAGAGCAGUCUCCUCCACACUGCUUGUCAGCUUCCAGGGAGGAGUUUGAUCUGAAAAUGAGUUCUUUAGAGGAAAAGCCCAGCUCGUCUCUGUCCAAAGAUCGCCUCAUGCCUCGCGAUCUGCUCCAUUCGUCCAAGAAAGACCCCGGGUUCCGGUCCAUUUUCCAGCACAUUCAGUCGGCGCAGCUCCUGCGCAGCCCGUCGGAGAUUUUUGCCCAGCACAUCGUCUCCAUCGUGCACUACAUCAAAGCUCAACACUUCCCCUCCUCAGACAUGACUUUAAGUGAGCGCUUUGCCAUGUACCAAAGAAAAGCUGCAGAGGCAGAAAUGAUGAAGCCAAGGAAGAGCCCAGAAAUCCACAGGAGAAUCGAUGUUUCCCCCAGUGCCUUUAAGAGGCACUCUCACCUGUUUGAGGAUUUGGACGAGACGAGCUACAAGGAUCCAAGUAAAAGGUUCAAAGGAGACAUCAUGGACCUGCGGCUGGAUAUUGAAAGACGAAAGAGGUUUGCUGGGAAGGAGCGUGACUACAAGCGGGAAGGAGGCAAGAGCCCCGGAGGCUCCCGAGGGCCCAGCAGGGAGCGGUCCUCAGAGAAAUCUGGGAAACACCACAAAAAGUCCAAGAAAAGUAAGAAGAAGCGUGACCGCUCUCCAUCCUCCUCUUCCUCUUCCUCCUCAACAUCACCCUAUCCUCCCCCCUUCAGAGGAAAAGAGUACAUGGGGGAGGGGAUGGAGCACCUAGAGGAGGGCCACAGCCAACCACGCUAUCCUCCACGGGACUACAUCGGCCCCGGGGACCGGGGCCCUCGGGAUUUUGAGGGCCACUUCCCAGAGAGAGGAAGAGGUCGUGGAUUUUUUCCCAGGAUCAGAGGAAGAGGCUGGAAUAGAGGAAAUUAUCCUGGGAAUAGCAACGGAAACCCUGCAAAUAUGAACCCCCCAGUGCGUCCCCAGGAGGAAGACUGGGACCCAGAAUAUACACCCAAGAGCAGAAAGUACUACCUGACCAGCAGAGGGCAGCAGAGAGCUUUUAACAGAAACAUGCACGAUGAUCGUGAUGGCGAAAAAACCUGGGUGGAGAACCGAGGCCGGGGGCGGGGCUCCUUCCCCGCCCGCCGUGGCCGCUUCGUGUACCGAAAGGGCGGCAGCAGCCCAAAGUGGACCCAUGACAUGUUCCAGGGAGGUGAGGAGGGGGAGCUGGGGGAUGACGGCAUCGAGGUGGAGCACAAAGAGUCCAAGAGCUCCACCGACGGCACCCCGAAGCAGUGAAACGAGUUCUUCCAGCGUCUCAUUUAACGGUUUAACUGUUUCUAUUUUUGUCUUUUUAAGUGAGAACUUUAAGGCUUCAUGUUCUGCAGAAAAUCAAAGCGUUUGUGCCUUAGAGGAGAAUAAAAACUGGUGAUGUUGUCUCUGUGAAGUGUCUGAAGGCAUCGUUCAUGAUCUUUUAACUGUUUCUGCAUGAAGUCGUUCAGUCGGACCAAUCAGCAGCGACCAUCCACCUGAACGUUAGUCACAUGGUUUUCUACCGUGUGUGUGUGUGUGUGUGUGUUUAACAUCAACACACGGCAGUUUUCAUGUCUCUAUAGUUCAGUAAAAACAGUUAAAACUCAAAUCACAAAGUUUGAAGAGAAAUCUAUCUGCUGUAGAGAUUUAGAUUCAUGUUCCUGUGAAAUUCUAGUUUUAAUCCCAAAUACGAAACAUGAUCUGAUUUUCUGUUCUGAUCCAGGCUGUUGGACCGGACGUCUGCAUGUUCUGAACAAACUGACGUCUUCUGUUUCAGCCUGAAACUUUUUUUUACUUUUCUCAAGCUUUAAACUGGCUGUCUUUUGAUUUUCAAUAAAUUUCCCUUUGAGUCGGGA